CAGACACCGCGGUUUCUUGAUCGUCCGGGCAUUAACGCGAUGUAUGCAACUUCCCUGAGUUCUUCAAUGCUAAUCUCUAACUAACUCUAGCUUCUGCUUCUAGCGGGGAAAACGUAGCACAAUUCGUAUCCACUGAUCAAAACCCAUUUCUUAAAUCCCACUAUUUCCUCGAGUCUCAAUCUAUAAUUCUCCAAAUCCGCAACCAAAAUCGAUAAAAGUUCAUGUCAACGCCGGGCAGUUCGUUUGAUCUUUGAAUUCAGAGUAAAUUGCUUACAGAAUUCGAUUGAAGCAAAGCUAUGCUUGCCAGAAGGCGUUUAGCGGAGCUCAUAAUCGGUUUCAAUUCGGAAACUAGGAGAAGAAGAAGCCGAUUGUUGUCGAGCAAUUCUGGGAAGAGAUUUGCAGCGGUUUGGGGAAAUGGGGAUUUCGGGAGGCUGGGGCUUGGAAAUUUGGAUUCUCAGUGGAGGCCUGUUGCGUGUUCUUCCUUUGAUCGCGAAAUGCUCAAGGAUAUUGCAUGUGGUGGUGCUCACACUCUGUUCUUAACAGAAUCUGGACGUGUCUAUGCUACUGGUCUUAAUAAUUUUGGGCAGCUGGGAAUCCUCGAGGAACAAGGCUAUUGUACAGAGCCUGUUGAAGUUAGAAUUCAGAAAGAAGCUGUUCAUAUCGCAGCUGGUUAUAAUCACUCUUGUGUUGUUACAGCUGAUGGAGAACUGUAUAUGUGGGGGAUGAAUUCAAGUGGGCAGCUUGGUCUUGGAAAGAGAAUUUGUGAUAUUAUAUUUUUCUCGAUGUUUAUAUUUUUCUUUUCACCAGAUGGAGGUGAAGUCUUAAGUUGGGGAGAUGGACGAUCAGGAAGAUUGGGUCAUGGCCACGAGUCAUCAUUAUUGGGGUUUUUAAAAAGCACCAGCGAAUAUACGCCCAGGCUAAUUAAAGAACUUGAGGGGAUUAAGGUUAAACGGAUUGCUGCAGGGAUGCUGCACUCAGCAUGUGUAGAUGAAAAUGGAGCUGUUUUCAUAUUUGGUGAGAGAGCAACAAACAGAUUGAGCUUUGGUGAGGCGAACAAGGCAACAACACCAUCAAUGAUCAGCACACUUUUGGACUGCGAAGAAGUUUCCUGUGGUGGUUAUCACACGUGUGUCCUAACAAAAGGUGGGGACCUGUACAGUUGGGGUUCGAAUGAGAAUGGCUGUCUGGGGAAUGGGUCCACGAGUGUCUUUCAUCUCCCCGAAAAAGUCGAAGGUCCCUUUUCAAAAUCUCCCGUAAGCAAGGUAUCUUGUGGAUGGAAACAUACAGCAGCAAUCUCAGGUGGUGCCAUUUUCACGUGGGGCUGGGGAGGUUCCCACGGAACGUUUUCGGUGGAUGGCCAUUCGUCUGGGGGUCAGCUGGGACAUGGAAGCGACGUUGACUAUGUGAAACCGACAAUGAUCGACCUCGGAGAGAAUGUGAAGGCAGUGCAAGUCUCCUGUGGGUUCAACCACACUGGUGCGAUACUCGAGUACAUGUGAGUUUCAAACUUUGACCACACCAUUACAAUAGUAAAGAGGCUGUGUUCAUAAUUUUCGAGUCGAAAUUAUAUUAUGUUUGUUCAUGUAUAAAUACAUCAUUUCCUCUUAAGGCAAAUAAAAUUGUAAACUCUGUAUAUGUCAUGCUUCUGGUUUCAGAGAAAUAAUCAUAAACAUGGGAGAAUGAUACCCAAAUCUUAGGAUAUUUAUUCAAACAUUCAAUUGCAGCUCAAGUUCAUAAUGUUUGUCACAUAUUCUCUCAUUUACUUGACAUUUAAGCAUUAUGUUCUAUUUAUUUUCUGAGUUUGAUAUGAAGAUUCAUUUUUAUUCUU